AUGGAAGAUCUGGAUGGGAUGGGUGGCGAUAGCGGAAUUCUUUUUCUCUCUCUUAAUUGGCGACAGAUAAAGAGAGAGAAGAAGGAGCGGGAGUUCAAAGAGGACAUGAAUCUGAAAUUUGGGAGUGAAAAAGGGAAAUGGAAGGUUCUUGAAUUGAAGAGAUUUCUUGGAUUUCAAAGAAGUUCACCUUUGGCUUUGCUUUGUGGUUAG